AUGGGGAGUGGUUCUAGUCAAGAGACUCCCCACUAUGUGGAUAACUCAGAAAUAGAAAGGCGUGAAGCAGAGGAGAAAGAGAAAAGACGGCUGGAGAAUGAACGAAAACAACGUGAGCACGAGGAAAAAAUGCGUACAACGAAAAAGAAGGAAGAAGAGAGGGGACGAAGGGAGCGACUGAAGGAACAACGGCAGAGAGAAAUAGAAGAGGAAGGCGCCAGAAGACGAGCAGAAGAACAGAAACUUUUGGAACUGGACGUCGAACUUUGCGGACGCCGAUAUCAGUUGUUCCAUUACAAGUUUGGGGACAAGACCAGGCUUGAUAAUUUUAUGGGGCUAAACAUUGAUGAUGUAACCCAGCUCAGGAUCGGUGUAUUUGGUCCCACGGGAUCAGGGAAGAGUAGCUUCAUCAACACGUGUGAACGGGCGGUAAGGCAAACAGUAAAAGGAUCCGCCCAAGUAUACACAACAGGAGUAAUGGGAACCAUCACACUCCAGGACUACCUGCCAGAGAUGUUCUUCCGCUUGGUAGACACAAGGGGCUUCUUCAACUACAAAGCUAACGAGAACAUCGAGUUUCAGAAUAUCCUACUAGGGAAAAUUCAGCCCGGAGAUAACAUCGUUCGCCCUGAAGAUGGCGAGGACAACACACAGGAGUUGCAUCAAUGCCCAGCAUUUGGACAAAGACUGCAUGGAAUCAUUAUUGUUAUAAAGGCUACCGAUCCAAGACUCGCUGAAGGGGUUUUUAGUGACCACCUGAAACCAGUUCGAGAUGUCUUAAGAAAAAACGGAAUCGCCCCAAUAACUGUUAUAACUCAUAAGGACAAACUGAAAACUGAAGACGACGAGAAGGACGCUUUUGACGAGGCAUCAGCUGCUACCGGUAGCUCUCCUAGCCACACUUUCUUGAUGUGGAACUACACCAAAGAAAACAAGGAUCGUAACCCUGAGAUAGAGCAGAUGACAUUUGACAUCUUGCACUAUGCUUUGAUGACCGCCGAACGGGCUGUCAAGAGCAUGAAGGAAAAGGAGAAAAACAAAAGAGAGGAUGAGAUGACGAAAGCUAUCGAGGGAGUUACUAUCAGUGGACAAGUGGCACCAGAUUCCGUUGAUGAGCUCCCAUUCGGCGGGCGAAAAAUAGAGAAGGAAGACGCCAGAAGACGAGCAGAAGAACAGAAACUUUUGGAACUGGAGGCCGAACUUUGCCGACGCCGAGAUCAGUUGUUCAAUUACAAGUUUGGGGACAAGACCAGGCUUGAUAAUUUUAUGGGGCUAAACAUUGAUGAUGUAACCCAGCUCAGGAUCGGUGUGAUUGGCCCCGCGGGAUCAGGGAAGAGUUGUUUCAUCAACACGUGUGAACGGGUUGUGAGGCAAACAGAAAAAGGAUCCGCCCUAGUAAGCAGAACAGGAAAAAUGGGAACCACCACACUCCAGGACUACCUGCCAGAUAUGUUCUUUCGCUUGGUAGACACAAAGGGCUUCUACAACUACGACUCUAUCGAGAACAUCGAGUUUCAGAAUAUCCUGCUAGGGAAAAUUCAGCCCGGAGCUGACCUCAUUCGCCCUGUCAAUGACGAAGACAACACACAGGAGUUGAAUCAAUGCCCAGCAUUUGGACAAAGACUGCAUGGAAUCAUUAUUGUUAUAAUGGCUACCGACCCAAGACUCACUGAAGGGGCUUUGAGGGAUUACCUGAAACCAGUUCGAGAUGUCUUAAGAAAAAACGGAAUCGCCCCAAUAACUGUUAUAACUCAUAAGGACAAACUGAAAACUGAAGACCACGAGAAGGACGCUUAUGACGAGGCAUCAGCUGCUACCGGUAGCUCUCCUAACCACACUUUCUUGAUGUGGAACUACACCAAAGAAAACAAGGAUCGUAACCCUGAGAUAGAGCAGAUGACAUUUGACAUCUUGCACUAUGCUUUGAUGACCGCUGAACAGGCUGUCAAGGUCAUGAAGCAAAAAGAGAAUAAAAAAAAAAGGGAAGAGGUGACGAAAGCUCUCGAGGGAGUUACUAUCAGUGGACAAGUGACACCAGAUUCCGUUGAUGAGCUCCCAUUCGGCGGGCGAAAAAUAGAGAAGGAAGACGCCAGAAGACGAGCAGAAGAACAGAAACUUUUGGAACUGGAGGCCGAACUUUGCCGACGCCGAGAUCAGUUGUUCAAUUACAAGUUUGGGGACAAGACCAGGCUUGAUAAUAUGGGGCUAAACAUUGAUGAUGUAACCCAGCUCAGGAUCGGUGUGUUUGGCACCACGGGAUCAGGGAAGAGUUGUUUCAUCAACACGUGUGAACGGGUUGUGAGGCAAACAGAAAAAGGAUCCGCCCCGGUAUGCAGAACAGGAAAAAUGGGAACCACCACACUCCAGGACUACCUGCCAGAGAUGUUCUUCCGCUUGGUAGACACCAGGGGCUUUAUCAUGUACGACUCUAAAGAGAACAUCGAGUUUCAGAAUAUCCUGCUAGGGAAAAUUCAGCCCGGAGAUAACAUCGUUCGCCCUGAAGAUGGCGAGGACAACACACAGGAGUUGCUUCAAUGCCCAGCAUUUGGACAAAGACUGCAUGGAAUCAUUUUUGUUAUAAAGGCUAUCGACCCAAGACUCACUGAAGGGUCUUUCAGGGAUUACCUGAAACCAGUUCGAGAUUUCUUAAGAAAAAACGGAAUCGCCCCAAUAACUGUAAUAACUCAUAAGGACGAACUGAAAACUAAAGACGACGAGAAGGACGCUUAUGACGAGGCAUCAGCUGCUACCGGUAGCUCUCCUAACCACACUUUCUUGAUUUGGAACUACACCGAAGAAAACAAGGAUCGUAACCCUGAAAUAGAGCAGAUGAUAUUUGACAUCUUGCACUAUGCUUUGAUGACCGCUGAACAGGCUGUCAAGAUCAUGAAGCAACAAGAGAAAAACAAAAGAGAGGAUGAGAUGAUGAAAGCCCUCGAGGGAGUUAAUAUCAGUGGACAAGUGGCACCUGAUCCCGCAGAUGCUUCGGUGGAAGUGUUUUUGCGUUUCCUCCAGAAGGAAUGUCAGUGGUCGACGAACAGUGUCAUGACGGCUUCGAGCAAGUUGGCCAAAGAUGACAUAACAAGUGUAAAGUUAUUAGCCAUGAGCUGGAGUGAAGUUCGUCACCAUUUUUCAGUUGGCAUGAGUAGAAUGAUUGAGAAGGAGCUCAGGAAACGAGGCAUGAUCUCAUGAACAAUUGAG